GCUUAGCUGUCUGUUUCUACACGGGACCAAAUAGUGUUACACCGGGUGUAACCGACAAGCUAAUGUUAGGCUAGUUAGAUGUAGCUGGCUAGCUUUAGGUUCUUGUCGGCGUGCGCAGAUGUAGAGUGAACAACGGACACACGGUUGCCGAGGGAUACAAAUGAAAGUCGUCGGUGCCGCUUUAUGUUCGCGUUGCACUACUGCAGUGGCCGACGUCUCACAUUUAGUCGCUUUUCAUCACUGGCGUCUUGCUCAGUUAGCUAGCUAGCCUCCUCAGCUAGGCACAGUAGCGUAUGGGUGUCAAAGUUAGCCGUGACUUCACUGGGUGUCUGGUUGCCUGAUCUCACAUUUCGGACACGUCAAGGUUCCUCAAAUCUGCAUUUUGAUUGUGGGGGCUGUGAUGUCGGAGCCUAAGACCCCCACUCCAACCCCAGCUGGUGACACAUACAAAGGAUGGGUGUUCAAGUGGACAAAUUACAUCAAGGGUUAUCAGCGGAGGUGGUUUGUCCUGAGCAACGGGCUGCUGUCAUACUACAGGACCCAGGCAGAGAUGGGCCACACAUGUCGGGGCACAAUUAACUUGGCCACAGCAACGAUCACUGUGGACGACGCCUGCAACUUUGUCAUCUCCAACGGCGGGGCACAGACGUAUCACCUGAAGGCCAGCUGUGAGGUGGAACGGCAACGCUGGAUCACUGCCCUCGAGCUGGCCAAAGCCAAGGCGGCACGCAUGCAGGCCGAGUCAGAUGACUCUGGGGAUGACUUCCCACCCUCAUCUGCACCGGCGGCACCUGGACAAGGUGGCACCGUGCAAAAUUCGGAGGUCCAGUCUGCUCUCAGAACACUAGGCAGCAAGGUGGAGGAUCUCAGCACAUGCAACGACCUGAUCUCAAAGCAUGGCUCUGCCCUCCAGAGGUCUUUAUCAGAACUGGACAGUUUGCGUCUGACUGGAGAGGCUGGAGAUAAGAUUCGCCAGGUCACAGAAAGGGCCACGCUUUUCCGCAUCACCUCUAAUGCCAUGAUUAAUGCAUGCCGGGAUUUCCUCUCUCUGGCUCAGGCUAACAGUAAGCGAUGGCAGAAGGCCCUGCAGGCAGAACGGGAGCAGAGAGUGAGACUGGAGGAGACAUUAGAGCAACUGGCCAAGCAGCACAAUCACCUGGAAAGAGCGUUUAGGGGCGCCUCACAGGCCAAUGCUACAGCAGACAAUAAAAAUGCCGCCGGGCCGGGAAAAGGCGAGGCCAGCGACGAGGACGAUGAAAACGAGUUCUUUGAUGCCAUGGAGGAAGCUCCUGAGUUCAUCACUGUACCCGCAGAUCCACAGUUCCACAAAAGGUCAAGCAGUAAUAUCAGCGGUUUCAACAGUGAAAUGUGUCCUGAUGAUCAGUCGCUCAACGAGGAGCCUCUUGCCAUGAACCAGGAAUCCCCCUCUCAGGAGCUGGUGCCCCUGAAGAAGAGGCGAACGCGCAUCCCUGACAAACCCAACUAUUCCCUCAACCUGUGGAGUAUCAUGAAGAACUGCAUCGGCAAAGAGCUGUCCAAGAUCCCGAUGCCUGUUAACUUCAACGAGCCCAUUUCGAUGCUGCAGCGGUUGACGGAGGACCUGGAGUACCACGAGCUGCUGGACAAGGCGGCCAAGUGCCAGAGCUCCCUGGAGCAGAUGUGCUACGUGGCCGCCUUCUCCGUGUCCUCCUAUUCGACCACCGUCUACCGCACGGGCAAGCCCUUCAACCCCCUGCUGGGAGAGACGUACGAGCUGGACCGCCGGCGGGAGAGCGGCUACCGCUCCCUCUGCGAGCAGGUGAGUCACCACCCCCCCGCAGCAGCGCACCAUGUGAUUUCUGAUCGUGGCUGGACGCUGAGGCAAGAAAUCACCGUUGCCAGCAAGUUCAGGGGCAAAUAUCUGUCCAUUAUGCCUUUAGGCACUAUUCAUGCAAUCUUCGAGAAAGGCGACCAUCACUACACAUGGAAGAAAGUUACCACCACAGUGCACAACAUCAUUGUUGGAAAGCUGUGGAUAGAUCAGUCUGGAGAGAUCGACGUGGUGAACCACACCACCGGAGACCGCUGCCACCUGAAGUUUGCUCCUUACAGCUACUUCUCCAGAGAUGUGGCCAGGAAGGUGACGGGUGUAGUGAUGGACAAAGACGGCAAGGCUCACUACGUGCUGUCGGGGACGUGGGAUGAGAAGAUGGAGUUCUCCAGAGUGAUGCAGAGCAGCCGAGGUGGAGAGAACGGCGCCGAGGGCAAACAGAAGACGGUCUACCAAACACUCAAAGCCAGAGAGGUCUGGAGGAGGAAUCCUCUACCGGAGGGAGCAGAGACCAUGUACUACUUCACCAACCUGGCCCUGACCCUAAAUGAGCCCGAGGAGGGCGUGGGGCCCACCGACAGCAGGCGCCGGCCUGACCAGCGUCUCAUGGAGGACGGUCGCUGGGAGGAGGCCAACGCCGAGAAGCAGCGGCUGGAGGAGAAGCAGCGCAGUGCCCGGCGGGAAAGAGAGAGGGAGGCCGCCAGCCAACGCACCUCCAGCCAAUCAGAAGAAGCUGUCGAUGAGGAUUCUCUUACUGAUGCCUCCUUAAAAAGUGCACCUCAUGACAACUACCAAGCACAAUGGUUUGACCGCUGCGAGGACCGGAUCACAGGUGAGCAAAUCCAUCUCUAUAAGGGAGGCUACUGGGAAACCAAGGACCGUGGCACCUGGGAGGAAUCCCCGAAAAUAUUUUGACCGUGGUGUUGACUGCAAAGUGCCCCUAAAUAGACUGAUCCAUCAAAGCUGCCUGGUGGACAGCUACCACAAAGGCCCUGCUUCCCUCCAGUGGCUCUCUGUUCUAAGAGAUCUCCAGGACGGUCACUGCAGUCUGAUCCAGAGGGAGCAGGGUUUCCCCCUCUGGCCUCUGCCUCAGUCUGAGCAUCCACCCCUUUGUUGCUGCCACACAUCUGAGAAUGCUGGAAUUAAAAUGUCUUUGUCUUUGCUGCUUUGACUCUGGUCAGGCCGAGUAUGAAGGGGAGGAAAAUGAAAUGGGCAGUGCUUCCAAAUUUAUAGUAGCUGGUCCUUUUUAGUCUCUCUGCUCAAGUCUGUUCAGUUUCUCUCAGGAGCACAAGAGGUUAUGUGCUCAAAACGUCCGCUGGGAGAUAAUGUAGUGUACCUAUCGUCAUCCACAGCAUUGUGUGCUUUGGUAAUAACUCUAAAAGAGGGGGGGACCUGGUUAAUAUAUAGAUUUAUAUAUAAAUAUGAUUAAAAAUAAUUUCAGUAAAAUGUCAUCUGGUGGCCUUCAAGAUGUAAGAGGAUUUCUUGUUUAUCUCUGAUUUAGUGUCUUAAUGUAAUGAAAUGAAGGUUCUAGUGUACUUGUGUGUAUGACUGCAUAUCUGUUCUUCCAUUACUUUAUGCCACUGUGCAGAAAAAAAAAGAUUGGCCAGAAUACUGGUUGACCCUCUACACUGUCAUGUUUUAUAGUUUUUUGUUUUGUUUUUUACCAAGGCCUGAAGGAAAUUAUGAUGGUGAAAAUUGUGAUGUGGGUACAAGGCUUAAACACUUAAUCUCUUCGCCUUAGAAACAAGCAGCCUGCUCUCACUUGCAUUUGACAUUACACCUGGAUGGAUAAUAUUCUCAGUCAUUACUGGUGUCUUGUACAACCAUUAAAACUCUGAAGAAAAACUUGUGAAACGAAAGGACAAAGCUGCCAAAAGUGUUUUUUCAGGUGCUGAGUAAAUCUCCUAUUAGUGCAAUUUUAACCAUUAAGGAAAAUGGUCCUUUCUCACAGCAUCUGAAUAAUAUUUGGCCCUUGUGCAAAUUAAGUGAGAGGUUACUAAGUUAAAUGGCAGUAAAAAACAGUUUUAAUAAAAUGUUAAAUACUUGCUGUGACUUUUUUUGUGUGACAGUAUUGGAUGAAUGAAUACAGAAAUCAUAAAAAGUACAUUCAGUGGUGAAAAAAAACACAUGUAUCUGCUGAAGAAUUCAUACAUAUGCAAGUACAUUUUAACACCAAAAACACGGGAUAUAAUGAGUGUGGAUUUCAUAAUUUUGUUUGUAAGUGUACUUAAAUAUGAAGAAUAAAGAAACAAAGAAUUUAAAAGAAUCGCAUAUAACUAUGAUUUUAUAAAUGUAUAGAAUUUCAUAUUAUAGUAUGGAUAACUGUAAAGUAGUUUUUUUUUGUAUUUUUGUUUCCUCAUAUUAUUGGAAGUGGGCUGUCUUCACUUUUAGAAAAAAAGGGAGUUUCCAUUCGUGACUGAUUGGAGAGACAUGACAUUGUUCAGUAUUUUGUAUUAACAGGAAAAGGAUCUGUAAUAAACAAAUGAUGUGAUGUCAAACAUA